AUGAAAUACUCCGUUAUACUUCCAUUCGUUCCAUUGGCUGUUGCUGCACAAAAUAAUAUUGUUCAGCAGAAAAAUGUUUUAGCUGCUGAUGUUGCUUCAGGCGCUGCAUCUGUCGCUGAUGCUGCAACUUCAGGCGCUGCCUCAGCUGCCGGUGCUGCUACCUCAGGUGGUGCUUCCGUUGCCGGUGCUGCUACCUCAGGAGGUGCUUCUGCCGCUGGUGCUGCCACUUCUGGAGGUGCUUCUGCUGGAGGCGCUUUAGAGACUGAAGGUGCUGCAGCUGAAAGUGAUAUUGCUGGUGGCGAAGACGAAACUGACACUGCUGGUGGCGCUGGUGAAACUGGGGCUGAAGAAACUGGAGCCGAAGAAACUGGGGCCGAAGAAACUGGGGCCGAAGAAACUGGGGCUGAAGAAACUGGGGCUGAAGAAACUGGGGCUGAAGAGACCGAUGGUGGAUCUGGUGCCACGGAAACUGGAGCAGAUUCUGAAGAAACAGAAUCUAGUGGCAGCGGAGGUGGCUUGUCAGAAGAAUCAGGUGAAUCAAGUUUGGGACUCGCUAGUAGCGGAAGUCACACCCAAAGUAGUGGUGGAAGCAGCAAGUCUUCUGGAUCAAGCGACUCAUCUUCAUCAGGAUCAAGUGGUGGCUCUUCUGAUUCCUCAUCUGCUAGUGCUGGUGCUAGUUAUUUAAGUGUUGGAGCUUUGGCUUAUGUCGCUGCUGUUGCUUUACUUUAG